AGAAUAACAUUCACUCCAGCCAAGGGUGGUGAAGAAAGUGGAUUGGUCAGAAUAAUAAAAACGGGCUGAAUGCUGUCCAAUCAGAGCUAUUUAUUUUCAUGACGUACAUAUGAUGGUAUGAAAAAUGGCGGCCUUGUGUAGUGAGUUUGGUGAUUUAGUUCAAAUAAAAAAACAGCUGAUAUCUGUUAUAUCGCUUUGUAAGGAAAGAGGACUUGUACAUAGCGUGAAAUGGGCAUCAGAAUUGGCAUUUGCCCUGGACCCCUUGCCCAAGAAUGAACUACCUCCACCGGCAAUUUUUACUGAGGAGGAUUGUCAGGACUUAGAUGCUUUUGGCUUGGCGAAGUCCUACUUCGACCUGAAAGAAUAUGACCGUGCUGCUUACUUCUUACGGGGCUGCCGCAGCCAAAAAGCUUACUUCUUAUACAUGUACUCCCGCUAUCUGUCUGGAGAAAAGAAGAAGGAUGACGAGACAGUGGACAGCCUGGGGCCACUGGAGAAAGGUCAGGUGCGGAAUGAGGCUCUAAGGGAGCUGAGGGUGGAGUUGAGCAAGAAGCACAGUGCUGGAGAGUUGGACGGAUUUGCCCUGUACCUGUAUGGGGUUGUGCUUCGGAAGCUGGAUCUUCUGAAGGAGGCCGUAGAUGUGUUUGUAGAGGCCACCCAUGCCCUGCCACUCCACUGGGGAGCCUGGCUGGAGCUCUGUAACCUCAUCACCAACAUCGAAAUGCUGAAGGCCCUUUCUCUGCCAGACUGCUGGAUCAAAGACUUCUUCAUGGCACACAUGUACACAGAGCUGCAAAUGAUCAAAGAGGCCCUGCAGAAAUACCAGAGCUUGAUUGAGGCCGGCUUCUCAAAGAGCACUUACAUAAUCUCACAGAUCGCUGUAGCCUACCACAACAUCCGAGAUAUUGACCAGGCCCUGGCUCUGUUCAACGAGUUACGAGAGCAGGAUCCCUUUCGCAUUGAGAACAUGGACACAUUCUCUAACCUGCUCUAUGUUCGGAGCAUGAAGCCAGAGCUGAGCUACCUAGCCCACAACCUGGUGGAGAUAGACAAGUACAGGGUCGAGACCUGCUGCGUCAUCGGCAACUACUACAGCCUUCGGUCGCAGCAUGAAAAGGCGGCGCUUUACUUCCAGAGGGCUCUGAAGCUGAACCCUCGCUGCCUGGGCGCCUGGACUCUGAUGGGCCACGAGUACAUGGAGAUGAAGAACACAUCUGCCGCCAUCCAGGCCUACAGGCACGCUAUAGAAGUGAACAAGCGGGACUACAGAGCCUGGUAUGGCCUGGGGCAGACAUACGAGAUCCUCAAGAUGCCCUUCUAUUGCCUCUACUAUUACCGGAAGGCACACCAGCUCAGACCCAAUGACUCGCGUAUGCUGGUUGCGCUGGGGGAAAGCUAUGAAAAGCUCUCGCAGCAAGUCGAGGCCAAGAAGUGUUAUUGGAGGGCGUACUCUGUGGGGGAUGUGGAGAGGAUGGCUCUACUGAAACUGGCAAAACUUCACGAACAGCUUAAUGAAUCGGACGAUGCGGCCCAGUGUUACAUCAUUUACAUCCAAGACAUCUUCUCUUGUGGGGAGCAAUUGGAGCACGCGGAGGUGAGCACGGCCCUUCGGUACCUGGGUCAGUACUACUUCAAGAACAAGCACUAUGACGAGGCAUCCCUCUGCGCACAGCGCUGCUGCGACUACAACGACGCCCGUGAGGAAGGCAAGGCUCUGCUGAGGCAGAUCUCCCAGGUCAGAGACCAGACGGAGACCUCCUCCACAGACCUGUUUGGGCCGCUCUCUUCCAACAACACCCCAGUCAGGAGAGUGUCGCCCCUGGACUUGUCCUCCUUCACCCCCUAACACGCCUUCUACCUCUCCGGCUGUCAAGGAGGCCUCUUCGAUUUCACGAUGGGCCUGCAGCGUUUCUGACUUUUCGGCUGAGAGAAUGUAAAUGUCAACCUAUUAUAAAUAUGUAAAUAUUUUCUGUGUAUGUUUACAUGUAGUCGCUGGUGCAUGAUGUGCCUUUGAGUAUGACACAAUGUUGAGGCUGGUUAAGUGAAUUUCUUCAAGGAAAAUAAAUGCAUUUUUCCAAGAUUUUAA